CAUCAUGCAGCCGCUCUCUUCCUUUGGCUGUUUCCUGUGCCUUCUGGCCUUCGUGUCUGCAUGCUACAUCAAGAACUGUCCCAGAGGAGGCAAGAGAUCUAGCCUCAGCACAGAUAUCAGGCAGUGUGCUCCUUGCGGUCCCAACAACAAAGGCCAGUGUUUUGGAAGUAACAUCUGCUGUGGUCAGGAGAUUGGCUGCUACAUGGGAACCCUGGAAACACAGUCCUGUAAGGAGGAAAAUCAACUGCCUUCACCUUGUGAACCUGCUGGAAAACCCUGUGGUGAAGAUGAUGGGAAAUGUGCCAUACCUGGGCUCUGCUGUGACAACGAGAAAUGUACCACGGACUCUGCUUGCGUGGAGAACUCAGGCAAGUCAAUGCGUCGCUUCCUGGGAAGAAACUUGAGCCAGUUAGACAAUGCUGCAGCUGAUCACCUGCUGAGACUUUUGGGCCCCUCUCUCUCAAAGACUGCUGGGAAGAAUUAGCGAAUAUUAAUUAAUGUUCAUAAUGUACUCCUUUGUUGCCUUUACAUAGAUCUAGUUUUAUCAAGAGAACUGAAACAAUUCCUGAUAUGUGAUACAUCAGACUCUGCUUAGCUAAUAUUGUAGUCUGAUUACUUUUGUUGGAAGUCAUCAAUAUACAUUAUCAAAUGGCAAUUUUAAUUAAAUAAAAAGGCAAUUCAAAUCAUCUUAACAGCACCAACUGUGUUAUUCACUUAAUGAGUAACAUGUUAACAGAAAUAUUGAGUAACUUUGUACACACAAACCAAAGUAAAAUGGAUUAUUGUGUAAUGUGGACUUUCAUUGCAAUUUGAUUGGAUCUCAUUGUCCUGGAGUUCUGUUUGAAACAUCAUGCCGGUCAAAUAACAGAAAUAAA